GGGGCCUGGGCCUGGGCCGCGCCGGCUCCACAUGAUCUGACGUUGAAAGUUUUCAUUUAAUGAGGAAAAGUGUGUUUGUACAGCUGCGGCGCCUUUACUGACGUGUGUUCACAAAUAUAUUUUUAAAGUGUCAGAUGCUUUUCCUUGGAUCUGCCCGAGUCCCUCGGCACCUUCCACUAUUGUCUGCCUUUCUGCCUGGUCGCCCCCUCCCCCUCGCACAUCUGACCAGGCCACGUUUCCGCCCAGUCGUUGAUGUUGAAGUAGAUUGGGUGCUAAUCUGAUCACUUAACCAUGACGAGGUUAUAAAAUGCAUCUAAGUAGCAAGAAAUAUCUUUUGUACCAAAGUUUGAAUUUGCAUUAUUAUCAGUGUAACGUAAAAUGGCCGCCAAUGCAAAGGCACAAUCCGAUAGAAAUAGGCGGUAAUCACUCCAGGUAUUUGUGUCCGGGAGGCACUAUCGUAGUACAAAUUUUUACAUUUGAAAAAUUAUUCAAUGAAUCAAACAUAGUUAUAAAAUGACCUUAAAGCACAAGUUGUAUAACAAGCUGGUGAGGCUAAAUGGCCUGCUUAUUUCUAGUUUUAAAAUGGGGUCGAUGAGAAUAAUACAGGGGGCAAAUGAGAAAGGGAAAAAUGCUAUUAAUUUAGCAUCGUUAAAAAGCCAACGGUGAUGGAAUUGUUCAUUUUAGCAGAGAAUUGAAAUUUCAGAAAGGAAUGUAGAAAAUUUAUGAGAUCACUUGAACCAUCAACGCAAUGGACAUUAAAAAGUCAAAAACCAUGCAUUUCAAUUCGUUGUGCAUGUAUACAAUUCAACAUUAAUAGAGUUAGUAAAGUAGAUAUAUUUAAUGCAACAUCAAAUUUUUGAAGCUCUAAAUUACAUAGAAAAUGCUUCAAGUUUCCAUGUAAUAUGGCUAAUUUCUCAGCUAUUGGAGAAAAGUCAUCUAUGUCAUUUAAAAAUACUUAUGGAUUCUGUUUGCAUUUCUCAGGAAUUGCACUUAUUGCUAAGCCUACAGCAUUGAUAAGUAGGUGGAGUUAAAGAUUUAGGAACUUGUGCCUUAAUGUGUUGUAAAACACAUUACAGCCUUAAUGUGCUGUAAAACUAGAUAAAAGUACAGAGAAUUAGUAAAUGUCAUUCUUGUAUAAGACUGUUCUGUGUUACGGAAUUAAUUUCAGUUUUAAUUGGAGAAGAUUAAUGUUUUGUAUCCAUUAUAUCAAUGGAUUUAAAUCUUAAUAAGUCUGCACUUUAUCUUUUUAAAUUCUGAUAUUUUUAUGCUAUUAUUUGAUGCUGAUUGCAGAAAAAAUACCUGUGAUUAGUUUUUAAUGUCCAGAUUAUUCUAAUUUAGUUGAUUUGUAUAGUUGGCAGUUACAAUGUAAAUUGGUAUAGUUGUAUUCUGAGAAUUUUUGUUUGAAUCAAAUGCUGUAUCAAAUUCCACAAGAGUUCUUCCAAGAUUGAAGAAUAAAAGAUCAUAGUAAUGAUUAAAUGAAGUUUACUUUGUUUUGAGGCCCUGACUGAGUAGGGAAUUGAAGUAAAUCUUUAUCAAUGUACUGCAAGGGAACUGAAACAUCCCUAUAGAUGUUGAAUGACUGAAUAUUUCAUUGGUUGCCAGAGUAAAAAUAAGUUUACAGAACAAGCUAGAAAAUCACAACAUUGAGAAAAGUAUGCUGUAUUCCAUAUCAAACCAAAGAUUUAGAUCUUCAUUAUACUUCAGAUUAUGAUUUGUAAUUGCCUCUCUUUGAAGUAACUGUGUACACAUUUUACUAAGUUUUUGUGUGGCACACAGUGUCUACGUUCUUGUAUCCUGUUGUCACAAUUUUUUUGACUUUAUUUCUUCAAUAUUUGCAAUAUAAAAGUACCUUGUAUCAAUUGAUGAUGAAAAUUUAUAUGUAAACAAUUGCCUGUCAGUGUAAGCAGGCUUCCCACCACUGGUGGAGCUGUGGUACGAAUUGCCCAGGUCUGCUUUCCAUUUUCUUCCUCGUCAGGUAAGUUUUGUUUUUAAUUUGAUCUAUUAUUAUUGCAUUUUAUAUUUCUGUUGCCAUGUCUGUUUGCAACUUUGUUUCCCAAACGACACCUCUCCUUCAUCUAGGGCAGCCUGUUCAUUGCAAAGCUUUGCCACCUCUUGGAUGACCUACAUACAUUCCUGGCAAUCUUGCUUGAAUUUCUGCAUCUGUUCUUCAUUAUUCUCACGUUCUAUGAUUUGGAUUCUGAUAUUUCACCUUUUAGACUUCCACUCUUCAUUCUUCCACCCCAAUUGCUUCAGCUAUGGUCUGUUUGUAUUUUGCUACAUGUCCAUGUUCAAAUUGUUUUUCUGUCUGCAUUAUUUAGGUUCUAACAAUCUGCUAUUUAAAAAAAAUCUUAUUGGUAAAUCUAUAUGUUUCCUGCAGUGCAACCCUCCCCCUUACAUCAUAAAAUAUCAAAACUGAGCUAUUUUAAAAAUUUAUCUGUACUAUUUCACUGUUUAUCUACAUCACUGCACUUGUGUUUCAGUAGCCAUUCCUUGAUUCUCAUAGGGCUAAGAGGGCAGCCCAAGAUAUUAAAGACACCAUAAUGAUGCAAUUUCCUUUACAUUGUAACCUAAUGAUAUGCAGAAUAGCUAAGUUUGCUGUCAUAUGCUGCAAGCAUUUGUUUUAUGCAAGUAAAAUUCAUACAACUUUUAAGAAUUGAAUUUGAUUCACAUUUUAAUUCAGAUCUCAUGAAAUUAGUAAAAUGUUUCAAAAAAUAAGUUUUAGUUUAUAUUUGGCUGCUCCAAAGGAAAAUAGAUAAUUUGGUAUUAACUAACGAAUAAUCAUUUGGUGUUUUGCCUUAUUUAGUAAAAGUAUGACCACUUGUGAUUCAUCUAAACAAAUUUAAUGCAUCAUAUCUGAGUAAUUAAUUUACAAUAUUUUAACUUUUUAAUAAUGGCAAUAUACAGUUACUUGGAUUGCAAAUCUGUAUAAUCUUGUAAUUAAAAAGCGUGCUUUAAUCAAAGAAUGCAGCCACAUCCAAAUAUUCUUACAGUUCUCCCUGUAUUUGCCAUAUGGAAAUCCUUAAACCUAAUAUGACCUAAUAUUUUGUGAGUAGUUAAAGAAACAUUUUUGCUUACUCUGGUUUUAAAAUGUAACACUCAUGAAGUAUGGUUAAUGUGCUGAAAUGGAGCAAGGUGCAAAACAACAAACUGCUGGAGGAACUCAGUGAAUCAGGCAACAUCUGUGAAGCUGUCUGACCCACUGAAUUUUUUCUUCCAGCUGUUUGCCUUGUUGUGAAUUCGGUACUGAGAAUGUCAGGUUUAUGUGCAUUUAAAGUAAAUUGGUGAUAAGAAUGCCAGUUAAAAUAUUUUAAGAGCUGUGUACAGUAAAUCUGAAAUAAUAGUAAAUGCUAAGUAUAGUACACCAGAUAGUAUCUGUGGAAGGAGGAAUAGGUAAUACGCAGGUUUGAUAUAGGGCAUGCAACAUGAAAUGAUAGCUGUUUCGCUUUCCGUAAAUGCCAACUGGUGUGCUGAGUGUUUAUAAAAAUAAGUAUUGAUGGUAAGGGAAUUUAAAAUACAAAAUAGGAUUUUCAUGAAGAGUUGUAAAUAGUUUUGUGGAACAAUAUUUCCUUGGUGCUCUUAACGGUGUAUGGCUGGAUUUUUACGAUUAAAUUCCAAUGUAAGCUCCAAUUGUUGGUUUUUAUUUUAAUAUGUGACCUAAAGGUUUACCCAGUGGGCUUGGGUUGAGUAGCUAGGCUGCAUAGGGAAUGGCUGCAGCUCUUAUUUGGGUGUUCAAUAACAUUAGCAGCUUUCAGUAGCCCUUUCCCAUCUCUCCCUUCCGGGGUAAUCCUACAGUUUUCAUUCCUCUGUUCCAUUUCAAACAGUCAGAAUUUGGAUUCCCAAAAUCUGGAUGAUGCAUGUACUGAUGCUCAGCAAUGGAAUGGUGAUUUGACUUAGCUUAUAUAUAACCAGCUAGCCGAAUCAAAAGAGUUAGAGAAAAUACUGCGCUUUUUAAAUCCAGCCUAGUUCAAAUUUAAUAAACAUCAGUGUCCCACCAGCACUAGAUCAGGAGUCCAGUUAUCUGGUGUUUGUUGAACUUUAAAGACCUUAUUUGAGUUGGAUUCUAUAGUAACUGAUUUCUAACAUAAUGAAGGAUGUUAUAGUGUUCCAAAAGGAAUCACCCAGGUAAUUUUAGAGAUGACACCAAGGUUUAAGAACUGAAUUCAUUUCCCUAGUUCUCCCUCCCUUCCACCCUUGAUUUUGUUGGCAACCAGGGAAGUGUUGAGUUUAUACUAAAGGGAUCAGGGAAUUUUUGGAGCAUUGCUUCUAUACCCAGGUAUAAAUUUUUUAAAAAAAAGUCCUUUUCUGCUUGUAUAUAUUUUUUCAUUAAACAUCUUUGUGUGUGGGCAGGAGGUGCUUGUUGAUGAGAUUCUCAUUAAUUUUCCCUACAGUGACUAGAUAGGGAAGGCAUGGAAAAGAUGAUGCCCAGAAACCCAACAAAGAUGCAAAUCAAAAAUCAGAAGGGAAGCACAGAGGCUAAGAGCCAGAUUUGUGGUCCAGUUAUUUUACUGAGUUACUGUUCCUACAUUGAUUAUCAUCUUUUUGAAUUAAAAGAAAUCUUUUGACCUUGACUACACAUGUAGUCAGGUUUUGUGAUAUUAGGGGGCUGAACAGUUGUGCGCACUACAGAAUGAGUAUGCAGUUCUGAAAGCUUCCAAUAUAAUUAACUUCCUGUCUUAGUUACAACUCACUUGUAUCUAAUUUUUAAUGUACUCUGAAAGGAACUGUCAGUUAUAUUUUGGUCAAAAAAGAUUGGUUAAAAAGUUAUUUAGCACUUAUUAGUGCUGAAGUAGCCAGUAUCUUGCAGUUGCUUCCAGAUGGGCAUAUUUUCAAUACGCUGCUGAAUGCUAAGGAAAACCAUUCCUUUGUGCUUCCUGUACAAUGGAUUUUUAAAAUUCCCUCUUUAAUUAAUUAUUAAAUUGCCUAUUGAUUGUAACAUUCUUCUAUAAUUGUACUCCAAAGCCAAUUGCAUUGCUACUGCAAUGGAAUUCUAUGGUAAAAAUGGUGGCAAAUUUUGCUUGGUUUUAUUUUAUGUGCCCCAAUGUACAUGGUUACUGAUAUUAAUGAUCAUUUCUUGGACCUUUGUGCUUUAUAAAAAUUUUGUUUUGAAGAAUGGGUAAAACCCAAGUAUUGGUUUCUUAGUACUGAGCUGGAAUGGUUCUGUAAUUUUUGUUCUCUUCCCCCCCCCCCCACCCCUCUUGCCCACAGUCAUCCUGCAGGUUUAGAAUUAUUUUCCUGAAUUUGAUCUACAGCAAAGUUAAGGUGAUGCUUUGUAAAUACAGAAUUGGUCGAACAGACUUCGUUUUCCUUUUUGCCCUUGUUAUGUGUACUUAUUGUGUUUUGGCAGGUUAUGGAAAAACUAAUCUUUUUUCAACUAUCCUACAAUGAAACAGUUUAUAUUUAUUAACUGGUAUGGUUAAUAUUGCAAGCUUUACUUGUAGCACUUGUCACUUAUAUUUUUAAGAAGCUGUAAUGUGAAGUCAACAUUGGUUAAACCAUAUUUUUCUUUUCUCAGUGAAUCACCAUUACCAGUGACGUCUCGCGUGUGUUUCGUAAAGUUUCAUGAUCCUGACGCUGUGGGAGUAGCGCAGCAUUUGACAAACACGGUCUUCAUUGACAGAGCAUUGAUAGUUGUACCUUACACAGAAGUGAAGCAGCCGACACGAGUCGCUUGUUCAUAAAACAUCUUUUGAAAAGUUGAGAGCACAACCCCUGGAGAACCGACUGUGCUUGCUUACGUUUGGUUCAUGACUAAAAAAUCGAGUACAGGAGUCAUUCCUGAUGAAUCUAAGGCUUUGUCUCUGUUGGCACCAGCUAAUGCAGUGGCAGGUUUGCUGCCCGGAGGUGGACUUUUGCCCACACCAAAUCCUCUUACAUCACUCAGCGGUGUUCCUUUGGCUGCUACUCUUGGGAAUGUUAAUCCUGGCUUGGACCCUGCCCUUGCUGCACUUGGAUUGCCAGGAGCAAAUUUAAAUUCACAGGUCACAGCAGAUCAGCUUUUAAAACUCAUCACUCAAGUUGAUCCAAAGCUAAACCAUACUGCUGGUGCCAUUGUAAGCCCAGCCCUGAAAUCUGAUACCUCUUCCAAAGACAUAGAAGAAGCAAUGAAAAGGGUUAAAGAAGCACAGUCAUUGAUUUCAGCUGCUAUAGAAACAGAAAAAAAAGAAGAUAAAAGGAAACAUUCUAGAUCAAGGUCUCGUUCACGCAGGCGACGGUCUCGUUCCCGUUCAAGGCACAGGCGCUCCAGGAGUAGGUCUAGAAGGCGUUCACAUUCAAAGUCGAGAAGCAGGCGGCGAUCACGAAGUCCAAGACGAAGGAGGUCACGCUCAAGGGAGCGGAGGAGGUCUAGGAGUAUAUCAAAGCCAAGGGAAAAAAAGAAGGAAGAGAAGAAAAGAUCCAAGACACCACCUAAAAGCUACAGCACAGCCAGGCGGUCUCGCAGCCCCAGUAGAGACAGAGAACGAGACCGAGAAAGAGAACGGAGACGUAGAAGAAGUAGAUCUAUUUCAAGGUCUCCAAAGAAAUCAAGAUCGCCUAAACGUAAACUUUCACGUUCACCAUCUCCUCGAAGGCAUAAGAAAGAAAAGAAGAAGGACAAGGACAGAGAUCGGAGCAGGGAAGUAGAGGAAAGGGAGAGGUCAUCAAGCAAAAAGAAAAAGAGCAAAGAUAAAGAGCGGGAGAAAGAAAAGGAAAAAAAGGCAGAAGGUGAAAAGGGUGAUGUUAAGGUGACAAGAGAUUAUGAUGAAGAGGAGCAAGGAUAUGACAGUGAAAAAGAUAAAAAGGAAGAACAGCGAGUUUCAGAACCUGGAACAUCCCCAAAGCUGAAAGAGUUAGCACAAGAAACUGACAAGGGAAGUACAGAUAUAGUGAAAGAGUCAAAAGUCAAUGGUGAUGAUCAUCAUGAAGAAGAUAUGGACAUGAGUGAAUAAAUUUAGUGUAACCUGAUUUAUAUUCCUAAUGUGAAGUGAUUAUUUUUAGCAGUGCUUUCUCUCAGAAUUGAAGUGUCACCCUUCUAUUAUAUUUUCUACAGUUACAGAAAGUGGUGACAUUGGCACCUGCCUUGCCACAGUUUGUGAAAGAGGUGUACAGAUAACUUGGUUCAGGAAGUGAACUGCACUUCUUAUAGCAUCAGAUUGGUGUGCCAGUAAGAAGCUUUUUUUCUGAAAUGUAUGCAGGGAUCUCCUUUGACAAGAGUAGGAACCUCAGAAAUGUGUAAUUUUUGUUUAAAGAGACUCAAUCAAUAUUGAUGUAGAUAGUUAUAUAUCCUAUGAACCUUGUGACUGUAGAUUUAAGUUCCAGUAGUUAACUGUUUAUUUGCUUUUAAUUAUGUGACUGUCUGCUUUUUGUAUGUACCUUUAUUAAAUAAAGUUCUUUGGUAUUCCCUGCUCUUCAUCCGAUCACUUGUAUCACCCAUUGUUCACAAAAGAUGGCAUCUGCCCAACUUGAUUUAUUGUGCAACGUCUUGUGAAGAAAAAUAAGCUUUCUUUAUCUUGAUGCUGACAGGUCUACCAGGUUAGCAAUUUUGCCUGCAGUAUGUGCUGUUGUCUUGUACAGUUUAUGAGAACAAUUUCUGUUUUACAUGUAGCUUUCAUAAUAAAAGCUGUUUUAAAGCCUGG